AUGGCUGCGACUACCGUCACUUCCGCCUCUGCUACCGUCAUAACCUCCUUCCCCCUCAACCCUCUCACCACCACGUUCACGCCGCCAGCACCAUGUACCGGCAUCUACUGGUCAAACGUCGGCAUCGUCGGCGGCAUGUCGUCGUGCCAACCCUCCGGCUUCGGCCUCUCGGCGACCAACUACUUCUCCCCCGGCAUCGCCUGCCCCGCCGGCUACUACACCGCCUGCCACGACACUCAAGGCGUCUCGAGCAUAACGACGGUGACCUGCUGUCCCAUCCGCGACUCCAUCACCCUCUCCUGCGUCGACCCGUCCACGCUCUCAAGCAUAUGGGAGAACCUGUUUUGCACAUGGAUCGCCCCGCAAAGCGGGGCAGCAGUCCCAAUGACCCUCUCCGCUGAAGGCACCACAUCGACCAUUCUCUCGACCAUGACAAGUCCGGAAGGGAUAAAUGCGUACGGCAUCCGGAUGGUACACCAGGCCACCGAUCUCGCAACGACGACGGCAACGACGACGCAGACAGCAGGAGGAGGAGGAGGAGGAGGAGGAGCAGCCGGCGGUAUCCAGUCAGGGGUGCCGUCGUUGACGCCUUCCCCAGCGCCGUCUGAUGCGCAGUCCAUGUCCACGGGCGCGAUCGUGGCGGUUGCAGUGGUUGUGCCUGUGGUCGUGCUAUCUCUGCUAGCGGCGCUCUUUUUCUGGCUAUGGAAGAAACGCAAGCGGACGUCCCAGGUUCCCGAGCUUGGCGCUGGGCUGUCGCCGCAACAACAACAGCUUCUGCUGCAGCAGCCGCCGCCAGGGCAGCUUGGCUCCUAUGUGUAUGGCUCCGAGGCGAAGCCAGCGGCGCAUUGGGAAGCUGCACAUCCGAACGCGUCUCCUGUGGAGCUGCCUCUCAGUCACGUAUCCGCUGCCGAGCUUCCUACUGAAAUACACCGCCAAGGGGCCAAUCGGUAG